CACAACUUGUCUUCAUGGACGAGAAAGAUCACAUCCGAAGCAAAGACAACAACAACAACAAUAAUCAUUCACCUAAUAAUAAUUAAAAAUAAAAAAUAAAUCAAGGGUUCAGAUUUAAUCAAGCAGAGAGAAUCUCUCUCAUCUUCGUUUGCUGCAUCAAACCGAUCUCUCCGAGCAUCUCUCUUAACGAUUUCUCCGAUCUUGAUCGGAGCUUUGAACCACCACCAUCACCAACGAUUGAAGAUUCCUUCUCCGAUCCGAAAAGUUUUCUCUUGCUGUUGUGUUAUUAAACCAGGUGACCACAAAGUACACCGAAGGCUCGUUUCAGUUAGCCCUUGCGUUAGUGUAUAACACAGGUCGGCUUCUACGUUUCAGUCGUCUUCCAACUUUGAGCAUCUUCCCCAAAUUUUCACCUCUUUCUGCUCUCAUGGAUGCAUCGAAUCUCGGUUCUUCCAACAAACCUGCCUUCUCUUCCUUCUCACAAUCCAGCAGAAGCGGCGGUAGAGGAAGAGGAAACGAGAGAGAUAAUGAUCGUCGGAGGCCUCAGGGUCGUGGCGGCGGCGGUGGUGGCAGAGGAGGAGGAGGAGGUGAUAGAAUCGAUGCUCUUGGAAGACUCUUGACGAGAAUCUUGAGACACUUGGCUACUGAGAUGAGAUUGGACAUGAGAGGUGAUGGUUUUGUUAAAGUUGAAGACUUGCUUAACCUGAAUCUUAAAACGUCUGCAAACGUUCAGUUGAAGUCUCACACCAUUGAUGAGAUUAGAGAGGCAGUGAGAAGGGACAAUAAGCAACGGUUUAGCCUCGUUGAAGAGGAUGGAGAGCUCUUGAUCCGCGCUAACCAAGGCCACUCCAUCACGACGGUUGAAUCCGACAAGUUACUUAAACCAAUAUUGUCACCGGAAGAAGCUCCAGUGUGUGUGCAUGGAACUUAUAAGAAGAAUUUGGAAUCCAUCUUAGCAUCUGGCUUAAAGCGUAUGAAUAGACUGCACGUUCACUUUUCUUGUGGCUUGCCAACAGAUGGUGAAGUGAUAAGUGGCAUGAGAAGGGAUGUUAACGUCCUAAUCUUCCUUGACAUCAAGAAAGCUCUUGAAGAUGGAAUUGCAUUCUACAUUUCGGACAACAAGGUGAUUUUGACUGAAGGCGUUGAUGGUGUAGUGCCUGUUGAUUACUUCCACAAGAUCGAGUCUUGGCCUAGUCGGCAGCCAAUUCUUUUCUGAUUACGCAUUUUAUGGACAACAUCAUUGACUUAUUACCACCAGACAAUGCAACUGGUGAAACAAGUUUUUUUUAUCAGUAACGUUUUUAUCUAUUCUUUUAUUGUUUUUCAUCUGUUGACAAUACACCAAUAUUUGAUCAUGGCUGUUGUUUCCAUACUCAUAAGUGUGUAACCAAUGUUUGCAGAAAGUUAAUAGAUGUUUCAAC